AUGCCAUUUUGUGCGCGAAUACGCAAGCGAAUUUUAUGCAUGCAUGGCGGAAUAAGUGAAGAUUUGACGGAAUUUGCACAGCUGGAACGUAUUGAACGACCAUGUGAAAUUCCGGAUUUAGGGAUAUUAACCGAUUUGACAUGGUCUGAUCCAAGUUAUUAUGCAACUAAUUAUGAUUAUAAUAAUAGACGAGGAGUUGCACGAUUAUUUAGCAUUAAUGCUGUUAAAGAAUUUUGUAAAACGCUUCGCUUAGAUAUGAUAGUACGAGCACAUCAGGUGAUGCAAAAUGGUUAUGAAAAAUUUGGAAAUCAUUUAAUAACAAUUUUUUCGGCACCAAAUUAUUUUAUGCGCAAUUCUGCUGCUGUGUUGCAUGUUGCAAAAGAUUUAAAGUGUAAAAUAGAAGUGCACCGACCUAAUUCGCAAAUUGAAAAUAACAGGAUUAAGAAACGGAAAAGAAAUAAAAAAAUUACAUAA